AUGAGAUUCGUCUGGAAAUGCUUCAGGAGCAGGAGCACACCACAUGUACCAACACCACCACCGCCACCCUCACCGUACUCUGUCUCGCGGAGAUGCUUCACUUCCUCGGCGCUUCGACGCCAAGUCAAGGACAUCGCAGAGCUGCCGUCUCGUGUCCAUCCCAAGUUCCAGGGUACGCAAGGCAAUUAAUCGCCGUGUCCAAACAAUUUCACUGACCAUCGACCAGAGACAAGCAGCAAUGAGCUCCUCGCGCUCCAGUGGCCUUCGCCGCCACGCAACAUCCUCCUCGUCCGCAAAGACGACGAUGCCGAAGUCAACCGAGCCUUGAUCGAAUACGCCAACCACAUCCACACCGUCUACCCAGGCUCCUCCCUCAUCUUCGAGCCCUACGUCGCCAACGAGAUCCACGAAUCCCUCCCAUUCCCGGUCCAUGCCGUCCACAAUGGCCAAGGCAACUCCGCCUACGAGGAAAAAGUCGACCUCACCACCACCCUCGGCGGCGACGGCACCAUUCUUCGCGCGGCGUCUCUGUUUGCUACCGCGAAAUCGGUCCCCCCAGUCUUGUCGUUCAGUAUGGGCACUCUGGGUUUCCUCGGGGAGUGGAAAUUCAACGAGUACAAACGCGCUUUCCGCCAGGCCUACGUCUCCGGUGCGCCGCCACCUCUCCCGGCACGCAGCAGCACCGACGAACCCCCCAGGACCGACGGCUGGAUCCAGAUCCGCGGGAAAUCAAUGGGUGCCUCCCGGAACUCCCGGGUCCUUCUGAGGAACCGCCUGAAGAUCGGGAUCUUCGGUCCCGCGGGCGAGAGACUCCCGCAUGAACAACCUCUCACUCACACGGACAAUCAGUGUGGUGAUAUCUUUGCGCUGAAUGAGGUCUUGUUGCAUAGGGGUGCCGUACCGCACUUGGCGCAUAUCACCAUUCUCAUCGGACCACAAGGGAACCAGCGCAUGCUGACGACCGCCAUCGCGGAUGGCUUUCUGGUCAGCACGCCCACGGGGUCAACGGCUUACAGUCUUUCCAGUGGGGGUUCGAUCGUGCAUCCGCUGGUCUCUUCCAUCCUGUUGACGCCCAUCUGUCCGCGGAGUCUCUCCUUCCGGCCGUUGCUGCUGCCGGCCAACACGCCCAUCACGUUGCGGAUUGAGGCCGGGAAUCGCGGGAGGGAGAUUGAAGUCUCGGUGGACGGGGUGCGGCGACGGGAGGGUCUGAAGGCCGGGAUGGAAGUUCGGGUGGUGGGCGAGGAGGUGAGAUCGCGGGAGAGGGAUUGGUUUCGUGGUGUUCCGUCUAUUGUACGCGCGAUCGGGGCGACGGAUGGGGAAGACCAUUGGGUUGGAGGGUUGAAUUCCUUGCUCAAGUUCAAUUAUCCGUUUGGAGAAGACGGGUGA